AUGGUCCAGGGCUGGUACAAAUGGCGCGUUGAAGAGAAAAUCGACGAUCUGCCGGUGGCCAUGGCCAGCAACACGUUUUCCGUGCCGUACCCGACGCGCGGGUACUUUUCGGUGGCGGAUGCGAACCUGAUGGCCGGCACACAGGUCAAGGAGUUUCAGCUCAAACUGAAUCGGUACUUUGGAGGCGGCAAGUGCACGCUCGACGAGCUGUUCGAGGACCACUACCUGAUGCAGGAGUUCCUGUGCCGCACAAUCUUCCCCGAGUGCUCGCGGUGGGCUGGCCGCGACAUCUCCAAGCAGGUGGUGAUCUUCGAUCUCUCUGGCAUCUCCCUCUCGAUGCUGUCGCACUGGCCGGCCCUGAACAUGCUGCGCGAGAUGCUGGCCAACGACCAGCUGUACUACCCCGAGCGCAUGCAUAAGACGUUUGUGAUCAAUGCGCCGGCCAUGUUCGUCACAGCGUGGAAUGUGAUCAAGGGCUGGCUCGACCCGCGCGUCAUCUCCAAGAUCCAGAUCCUGGGCAAGAACUACUCGCCGGCUCUGCUGAAGCAGGUGCCGCCGCAGAAUCUGCCGGCGUUCCUUGGCGGCACAUGCCGCUGCUCGCACAUGCCCGGCGGCUGUGUGCCCAGC